CCAUUUUCCCUUUCCUAUCCCAACAGACCCUGCUAAAGAGUCUGCCCCCAUCUUACAGCCCCUUUAGACUCCUAUACCGCCUGGAAAAGGCCCUGCUGGAGGAGAAGGAUUAACACCACAGAGUUAGGAGGGGCAGGGAUCAGUGACAGCGAAUCCCCCCUGCAGCCCCUCAGCCCCAUCGCUGCAUUUCCUGGUUGUUGUGAUGUUAAUUGUGUCAAUUCCACCCCCAGCUCACAGCAGCAGGAUGUGGGUGCAAGCAGGGUGCUGCCAGCCUCACACACACAGCACGGCAGGACCAGGGGCAGCCCCACCUGCACAAAGCCAGACCCCCUCCCAGCAGCACACCAAGAUCACAAACGGUUCGAAGCAGCAAUCCUCUGUUGCCACCUCUGCCCGUUGUGUGGUCUGAGGUUGGGGAUGACCCCGGGUGUGGGAGCGUGGCGGUGGCCUGGUGCCAGGCUGAGGCCCGGUGCCACACGUGGGCUGCAUGAGGAAUCCCUUCUGUGGCGUUUUUUGCAUUCCGAAGCCGCGGCAAUCAUCUUAUUUAACUUUUAUAGUUGAAAUGAAGAGACUUCUCAGCUGUGAAGAAGCCUGGGGAAAUGUACACCGUAAACGGCGAUGGGGAAAGCUGUGAUCCAAUCGUGGGGUUUGACCAUUUCUAUUCCAAUCCGUGUUCCAAAGCAGAGCAAAGGGUAUCAAAGCCAUUUUUUGUCAACAAUUGCGUUUGGGUUUGGCGCUCAGAAGGAUAAGAAUAAGAGGUUCCCACAUUAGUAAAACAGGGAAGAGCUUAAGGAGACGGCGAGGAUUGGUGUCGAAGCCCUCUCAGCACAGCGGGGCCUUUCACAGCAUGCAAAUAUAUCGCUGCUCCAGAUCAAAAGGAGCGAAGUGAGUCAGCUUCUAUCGCAGGCUCUGGGCUUUUGCAGUAUCUGUGCUGCAUCCAGGCCUGUUCCCCCCCCAGGGCUGUGCCUGGAGCUCUUGAGCUGCGGGGAGAGCAGCACUGACCGACACACGUCCAGAGGAGCAGAAGGGCAACCCAGAGCCACGACGGAGCUCACGGUGUCAGUGUUAAAUAACACUGCUCAUGGCAGUUGAGGGGGGCAGGACUCGUUCCAGCACUAUUAAUACAGCCCCUAUUUAUACGCCUGGGUUCCUGCAAGCGCCACAGCAGAGCUACAGCUGCAGAGCUAAAAUGGAAUAAAUGUCAGCCCCUGGGGAGAACGUGAUCCUUUCAGCCAUCAUGAGGGAAAGCAGGCAGCGAAAGGACAGAAUAAGGGACAGUAUUCAGAGCCGGGAACUGAUCACAGCACCCUGAGAGCGCAGCCGGUGGGCAGAGCCAGCAGCAACCUCCCUGCAGCAGCAUUCCGUGCCAGAGACGCACGCUCAGCGUCAGCACAGCACCUACGGAUACCGGCAGAGGGAGGCAGGAAUUGGAGCUGCUGUCCGCUGAUCCGGUGCCAGGUGUGACUCAGGACAAAGGGCAAAAACCUGAAAGGAAGUUUGGGGUUUUGUUUUUUAAGUGCAUCGUCUGCAGGACUGGAAAGAUGAUGGAGAGCACAGGAGGGCCGUAUCUGAACACCGCGGCUGUGACAUCUCCAGUGGGAAUAGUUCGUUUGCUGCAGAUGAUGUUUGGAUGCACCACAUUCAGCCUGGUGGCCCACCAGGGGGGAUUCAGUGCAGCAUACGGCACUUUCUGCAUGUUUGUCUGGACCUUCUGCUUUGCCGUCACCGUCUUUAUCAUCACCUGCGAGUUCACGCACCUGCACAGCUGUCUGAGCAUCUCCUGGGGAAACUUCACAGCUGCGUUCGCCAUGCUCGCCACCCUCAUGUCGGUCACAGCGGCGGUGAUUUACCCGCUCUACUUCGUGCAGCUCAGCUGCUACCCCAUCACCUGCGAGGUGAGAGACUUCCGCAUAGCAGCCAGCGUCUUCGCCGGCCUCGUGUUCGUUGUGUACGGCGCGGAGGUGUUCUUGACCAGGGCCAAACCAGGACAGGUCACCAGCUACAUGGCCACCGUCUCCGGGCUCCUGAAGAUCGUCCAAGCCUUUGUGGCCUGCAUCAUCUUUGGGGCGCUGGUGAACGACAGCCAGUAUAGCAAAUACGUGGCCACGCAGUGGUGCGUGGCCGUCUACAGCUUCUGCUUUAUGGUCACGGUGGUGGUGGUCGCCUUCAGCGUCACAGGUAAGACCGCCCAGCUGUGCUUCCCCUUCGAGCGCUCUGUGGUUGUCUACACUUUUGGGGCCGUCCUGCUGUACGUGAGCGCGGCCGUCAUCUGGCCGGUGUUCUGCUUUGACAGCAAGUACGGCUCCCCGCAGCGCCCCAGCGCCUGCGCUAAGGGCAGGUGCCCCUGGGACAGCCAGCUGGUGGUGGCCAUCUUCACCUACGUCAACCUGCUGCUCUACGUGGUAGACCUGGCGUACUCCCAGCGCAUCCGCUUCGUAUCCCACAUCUGAGGCCCAGCUCUGCCCCGGCUCCGGCAGCAGCAGCGGGAGAUGGGACGCAGUGAGGACAGGCACCGACUGGGCCAGGAAGCAGAACUCAUCGCCAAGGCUGAGUGGGCCCACAGUCACAGCCCGCAGUGGGUCAGCUGCCCGCCCCCAUCAGUCGGCAUUUGCUUCAGCCACCUGGUGCCAGAGUGAAGAAAUUCUGCAGUCUGAAGUAUGCAAAAUGGCCUCUCGUCUCCAGAAGGCAAAAAAUGCUUGCUGCAAUAGUGGGUCUGUAAGCUGCUGGAAUGCUGAGCCAAAUAUUAGGAAAGACACCAAAGAUUUUGAAACUGUUACCAACACUUAACUAUAAUCAAGUGACUACCCAGGAAGUGGGAAAGUUAAAAGCUGCAUCAAGGAACAGCAGUUCCAGAGACGAAAAACAAUGUUGGAGUUUGGGUUAGUCUGGGCUGUGUGGUGAGACAUGAAAUACUUGCAAAUGUGGGAAAUUCCAGUCAGGAUGUUUCUGAGAAGAACAUCAUAGCUGUGAUAUUAUUUUGAUGAUUUCCUUUCCCUCUGCUCCCCUGUUUAGCACAGAAAAAGAAUAUCCCAAGCACGCACCUCGAGGGGGAGCACAGGGUUUUCUAUUUAGCAAACACCAAGUCUGUACAGGAAUGAACAUUUGUGAAACUGGAGUUCUAUUGCCAAGAAAUGGUGCAGAAUAGCCCCAAAUUGCAAAGCAACCGCAACCAGACGUUCUUGCUUGGACAGGACCAGAGGGAACCUCAGCACCUGCGCUGCUCAUAUGUCACUGCUUCUUUGUACUGAUAUCAGGAUGAUUUUCCUGGAAGUUUAAAGCUAAGUUUUGGGGGUGGAGGUGGGGAUGAAGGGUAUGCGAAGAUGAAUCGAUGUCACAGCCCUGCAUAACGACUGAACUUGUAGGGAAAACCCUUGCAUGCAAUGGUGACAAACGGGGGGUGCUGGCUCAGAGCAGAUCAGGUUCUGGGAUUCCUGAGCUCUCUGUGUCACACACCAGCUGUGCUCCUCCGACCCAUCCCUGACAAAACACCCAAAAAAGUCCCACAUAGCAUGGCUCAGGUUUCCGGCUUAGCUGAACAACUCCUCACUUGCCAUCAGGCAGACACUAAAGCAGCCCGAGUUCUCAUGCAGAGCAGAUAGAUUGGAUUAAAAUCCAGAAGCAGCCGAUGGACAGAAGCGAGAUUUAUUUUUUAAGCAAAUUAAAAUAAAGCUGAAUGGCAGCCUUGCAGACCACACCUACAGAGGUUUGUGUCCUUUCCCUUUGUGCAGCUUUUAUCUCAGCAGCCAGAGCCCUUCUGCUUUCCAGCACAAAGCACGGCUCAGUUCGUGUUGAUGCACAAAGCCUGCAUGGCACAGGCCGCCAGCACUUCUGGAUGACAUUCUUUGUAGCAGACUCACUCAGGAAAAAGGAAGGAAAUAUAUUUUCAUGAUUGCCUUGUGUGGGGUUUGAAGAGCAAAGAAAAAAAUGUCCAUUGGGAGAGGUUGUGUUGCACAAUACUACUACUCUAAGGACCUUCAGCUGGAACCAUUAGCCCAUGAAACAAGUAUUUGUAUCUAUUGGAAAGGGAACGUGCCAUGCAGCCUUCCAAGGGCUCUUUUCUCUUCCACAAGUUCCCAUUAAGGCAGGAAAUUUGGAAGAUGAUGGCUGAGCAAGAGGCUGGCCGGCUUAUCCAAGGGCAGAGCUUUGUGCUAUCCAGUAUAGGUAUAAAAAGGGACACGAGGGAGCUUUAUUUCCUGCAAGUCAAGCAAAAUCAAGUGUUGUACCAGUAAGAAAUGCUGUUUGGAUGAGAAAUCCAUAUUAGAGCAGGCAGUGUUACCAACAGAGCCACUGCAUGCCAAAGGAUCCCUGAGCCUUUAUGGUGCAUUCUUUUUAACCCGGUGAACCUGGACAAAUUAAGCCGUGUAACACUUGGAAAUGUAUUUUGUUGUUGAUAAGAUGGAGUGCAAAAAAUCAAACAGGUGACUUGAAUAGGUGACGACAAAGGGAUUUUGCUUGAAGGAAAUAUCAUCCUUCCUGCAGACUCAUUUUGCAAUGGGGGGCUGCUGGUGCCCAGCAGAUGCCGCCAAAUCUCACAUAAAUCUGCUGGAAGUUCCUCUGCUGCGUAACACCUUUUUUUGUUGUUGUUUUUCCCCUUUUUUCCCCUUUUUUUUUUGCUCGCUUCUCUCGCUGUGCAGGUUUUGCACCGAGCAGUGAGCAGAAACGUGGCAUAAAUGGCACCCAGUGGCACCACUGGGGGGUGAGGGGGGCAUAAUGUGAGGUCGAAGGGAAACCAUUGGGGCAACGUUUGGUGCCUCAACGAUGACGAGGAAAUGGGACGUAAGGUGGAAAUGAUGACAGCACGCAGUGGAGGAGUGGAAAGAGAAGCAUUGCCAAGAACAGCCUGUUCAGAUUCAGCCCUCUCAUCUGUCAGCCAAGGGCUGAGCAAAAAUGUUCGCAUGGUCAAAAUGGCAAAAAAAAAAUGAAGAUUGUGUGGACAACAAUUCGCUCUUUUAGGGGGAAAAAAAAAAAUAAAUCCUCGUGCUUCGGUGGUUAAAAACCCUCAAACCAUUGGAAAGAAUGAGAUUGCCCAAUGCUGGGCACAGAACACCCCGUAUCUGCUUAAUGUGACUUUAACAACCGGCCCUGUCGUGAUCCAGUUAAUUAAAAAGCCCUUUAUUUCCAGAGCUCGUCCUCCUUAAUUAGCAAAUGAUGACGGAGGAACUCAUCACGGAGGCGUCCCGAGAUGGCGCUGUGCUGCACCGACACGUACGUGCGUGCGAACAGCCCGGCUGUGUGCUUUGCGCCCGGGUCCCAAAAUUACACAUCAAAAAACGAGACACGGAACGCAAACAACAACAAAAUCCCGCAGGACGGGGAGCGCCGCCCCUCCUCGCCCCGCGCCCACCGCCGCCCCAGCGCAGGGCGGGACCCGAAGCUUCCAGAAGGGACCGCGCUCCGCGCGCGGCUGCGGCGGGACGACAGCGCCCCCUGGCGGCUCGGAGCUGAGAGACAGCGGUCGGCCCCGGGCGGUCCGCGUAGGCGGUGAAUGAUGCAACACCCGAAGCGAGUUGCACCAAUCGCUGGCGAGAGCUCAGCCGGAGACUCCGCCCCUCGCCAUUGA